AUGCCUCCAAAGCUCGAAAAGAGGCGCGCUGCCUCAGACACGGAUUCAGAUGCGCUUUCUGACAGUCCCGCGCCCACCGUGAAGAUGGAGAAUAAGCGUAGAGCAAGUCUGCUGUCUGCUGCGGGCCCCGCUGUGGGCCUCGGCGAAGCAAAGAAAAGGAGAAAAUCUCCCUUGGGCGAAGACGCAGAAACAGAAAACCACACAAGCUCUCACCGAGCCGGGCUCUCGACAGCCUCCGUUUUCGGCCACUCCUCCUCUCCAGGAGGCUCGACGCGAAAAAGAGAGGCUGAACCCGCUGGCGGCGACUUCAGUGCCCUCUCAAAAGCUUUCCAAGAUAUUAUGCACCGCCCCCUGCCCCCGGCUUCGAGUGCGAGUUCGCCGCCUGCGGCGGGACACAAGGCCGUGAAGACGGAAGACGGGAGAGUGAAGUCCGAGUCCGGCGUGGCGCCGAUCCUCGCUGAACGGCCUGGCGUCUUCAAAGAACUGGAAAAGCAGAGAGAAGAAGCGCGCGUCCAGCGGCGGCUGCUUGCGGCGCGGCGGCACCAACGCGAGGCCUCCCACGUGAAGCCUUGCGCAGCGGAUCGCGAGUACGAGCGAUCUCUGCGCAAGAUUGCCAGCAAAGGAGUGGUGCGUUUCUUUAACGUCCUCAUGAAGUUCCGCCGCGAGCAGGCCGAGCGCGACGGCGAGGACCUGCGCCAGAAGCGACUGCGGCGCCGCGAGCGCUUCCAGAGGCGCAAGGGAAAGAAGGCAGACCAAGGUGACUCGCGGAAAACGCAGAACUUCAUGAAAAUGUUGAACUCCGAGUAG